AUGAUCCACGCGCCGCUCGCCGUCGUGGCGCCCGCCGCCGCCGCGGCCCCCGCGUCGCCCGCCGCCUUCUCGGACGUGCUGGCGCGCUACACGCUGGUCAAGAAGCUGUCCACCACGCUGUACGGCGAGACGGCGCUGUACCGGGACGAAGCGCUGGGCCGGCGCCUCGUGGUGCUCAAGCGCGUGAGCCUGCCGCUGCUGCAGCAGCAGAGCCAGAGCCCCGCCGAGGUGCGCGAGAACCCCUUGAGCGAGCGCCUCGUGGUGCAGCUGCUGGAGGACCCGCUGACGGCGCGCGCGCCCGGCCGCGAGCACGUGGUCGAGUACGCGCGCGAGGGCUUCUUCUCGAGCGGCGACAGCGCCUUCAUCGCCAUGGAGUUCUGCGCGGGCGGCGACCUGUACGACUACGUGACGGCCAAGCCCGGCCGCCGCGUGGCCGAGGGCGAGGCGCUCGCGCUCUUCGCGCAGAUGGCCAAGGGCCUGAGCUUCCUGCACGCGCACGGCGUGGCGCACCGCGACCUGUCGCUCGAGAACGUGCUGCUCAAGGACGGCCGCGUCAAGCUCUGCGACUUCGGGCUCAGCGCCGACGCCAACAAGCUGUCGACGGACGUGGUGGGCAAGUACUACUACAUGGCGCCCGAGAUCGCGCAGGGCGCCAUGUACGACCCCAAGCGGGCCGACGUCUGGUCGCUCGGCGUGCUGCUCUUCAUCCUGCUCACGGGCUCGCCGCUCUUCUCCGACGAGCAGCGCAGCGCGCCCACGCUACGCGUGCUCAACAAGUACGGUGUGGCCAAGAUCCUGGAGCUCUGGGGGCUCAAGAAGCUCGUCUCGAGGCCCACCAUCAACCUGCUGUCCUGCAUGCUGCAGGUGCAGCCGCAGCACCGCCUCAGCGCCGAGCAAGUGGCGCGCCACCCGGCACUACGCCGCAGGGCAUCGCUAGUAGCCUAA